AUGGCUACCAUGAAAGCAAUUAUCAUUACCCAACCCCAGACCGAGGGCUUGGUCACCGAUCGACCCCUCCCCAAGCUUCGCGAUGACUAUCUGCUUGUCAAGACCGUCAGUGUGGGCUUGAACCCCACAGACUGGAAGCAUAUCGCCUACCUCUCCCCUCCCGGUGUCCUUGUUGGUUGCGACUACUCAGGCAUUGUCGAGGAGGUCGGCAAAGAUGUCAAAAAGAAGUUCAAGAAAGGUGACCGAGUAUGCGGCUUUGUUCACGGUGCCAAUGCCGUUCAGCCCGAAGAUGGCGCAUUCGCCGAGUACAUCGUCGCCAAGGGCGACCUGCAAUGGAAGAUCCCCGAGCACAUGAGCUUCCAAGAGGCCGCCACCCUCGGCGUGGGCCUCAACACAGUCACCCAGGGUCUGUACCAGAGUUUGAAGCUUGCACCACCCACCAAGCCGAUCAAGGAUGCGACUCCCAUCCUAAUCUACGGCGGCUCAACCGCGACCGGUACCCUGGCCAUUCAAUUUGCCAAGCUAUCGGGCUACAAGGUCCUGACCACUUGCUCCCCUCGCAACUUCGAUUUGGUUCGCAGUCUUGGCGCCGACGAGGUCUACGACUACAAUGACGCCGAAGCCCCUGCCUCGAUCCGCAAGUCCACUGAUAACAAGCUGAGGCUGGUGUUCGACUGCAUUUCGCUCGAGUCUAGCGCUGCGUUCUGCGACAACGCUAUCUCCACAGAUGGCGGCGAAUAUAGCGCCCUGUUGUCCGUCAACAUCGCCCGUGAGAAUGUCAACGACCGGUUUACCAUCGCCUAUACUGCAAUGGGUGAGGCCUUUAACUUCGGCGAUACUCCCUGGCCCGCUAAGCCGGAAGACAAAGCCUUCAAUGAGAAUUUCUCUGCCACCGUUAUCGAUGAUCUACUCACUCAAGGAAAGAUCAAGGUUCACCCCUUGAAGGUCGGCCAGGAUGGAUUUAAGGGCGUCAUCGAGGGUCUGAAGCUGCUCAAGGAAAACAAGGUCAGCGGCGAGAAGUUGGUCUACAAUGUUUCUGAGACUCCAUGA